AUGGACUAUCUUAAAGGUCAUAAUGCUGCACGUGCUAAAGUUGGUGUUAAGCCAUUGAAGUGGGACAAAGAACUAGAAUCACUUGCUCAUGAGUUUGUGAAUGAACAUGUUGCAGAUUGUUAUGGAAUGUCUAUACCUCAUCAUUUUGGUAGUAACUACGGCCAAAACAUUGUACAUAAUCCGAAUCGUGUUUCAGCAGCAUCUGCAGUGGCCACAUGGGUAGCACAGAAACAAAACUAUGAGCCCAAAUCUAACAAAUGCAUUGAUGGUAACCCUGCCAGUUGUCAUUGUUACGUUCAAGUUGUUUGGGGUGCAUCAACUUAUUUAGGUUGCGCAAGAGGUGACUGCGACAAUGAUGAAGGCACCCUUAUUACUUGUUAUUAUGAUCCUAGCGGCACCUUUCCAGCUCAACGCCCCUACUCAGUGCAUUAA